AUGUUUGCGCUUCUGCAAUACGUUUCCCAUGCUGGAACGUCUGGAAAUGUUGCAGAGACCGAGAAACGGGCCUGCUUGUAUACAAAUGCUCAAUGUCUUUCUAACAAACUGGCUGAACUGAAAGAUCGCCAAGCUUCCGGCUCGUAUGAUGUCGCUGGUAUCACCGAGACAUGGUUGCACACGGGAAUGACGGACGCUGAAGUGUCGCUACCCGGCAAGUCGCUGAUCCGGAACGAUAGGCUCACAAAGGAAGGUGGGGUAAUCCUGUAUUACCGAAACGACUUACAGUGCGAAGCCGUGGAGGACUCAGACUCGCAGUUCCCCGACUCUAUUUGGUGCCGGUUGCAGUUAAAAGGCAGGGACGCUUGCCUUAUUGUCUUGGUGUACCGCGCCUCUAACUCAACACCCGAAACCGACUACCACCUAUCGGCUGCUUUAAGGUGCAGUUUACAACAAAAAUACACUCACAUUAUUAUCAUGGGUGAUUUCAACGUGCAUUGUUUAGAAGCCCUUGCCACGAUCGGAGAACAAUUCAAAACCGAUCUACAAGAUCUAGUAACUACUGUUCCUCUUUACAACCACAGCACUUUGCCCACUCGGUUCAGAACUGGUAACAGGCCAUCUGUGCUAGAUCUUGUGCUUACCAACGAAGAGCAUAUGACUGAUGCUUUGGUUUUAGACUUCCCGUUGGGUCGCAGCGAUCAUGCAGUCAUCAGUUUUAACUUCGUCUGCUAUGCAGACUAUCUGAAUGAGAACGAUGAGACUGUGCGAACCAUCACAAGAUACGACCGACUCUCCCAGCUAGUCAGCGCCACAGCAUGGUCUUUCCUCGAAGAAAACCCCCCCGAAGUCGCCUGGCUCGAGUUCGUCAACACAUUCAGUCAGCUGAUUGCACAGGCUUCAGAGAUACAAGCUUGCAAUAGGGGACUAACCCACAUCAAGUUUACCGCAGAGGCUGCAUUGCAAAAGCUGACUUCUCCGCGCAAACACAGCUCGCCGGGUGUCGACACCAUUCGUCCGGGGGCAUUGGGAGCAGCAGCAAGCCAACUGGCAGGACCUUUAGCUCAGUUUUUCCAGCGCUGCUUAGACCAGAACCAAGUUCCCGCCAUGUGGAAGCUUGGAAUAUUAACCCCGAUUCACAAAGGUGGAAGCAGAACUGAUCCCCUAACUACCGCCCAGUAA